GGAAGAAGUAUUCAGAGCAAUAUAUAUUGGAGUUCUAUAAGAAAAUAUGGCAUCAAAUGACGAUUUGAUUGAUUACGAAGAAGAAGAGUUAACACCACAUACAAGUGUAGCCACAGCGAUAGGCGCAGGAGGAGCAGUGAAUGGUGACAAAAAAAGCGAAAAGAAAGGAUCAUAUGUUGGAAUUCAUUCUACAGGAUUUCGUGAUUUCUUAUUAAAGCCUGAACUUCUUCGUGCUAUUAUUGAUUGUGGCUUUGAACAUCCCUCUGAGGUUCAGCAAGUGUGUAUUCCUCAAUCUAUUCUUGGUAUGGAUAUUAUAUGCCAAGCAAAAUCCGGGAUGGGUAAAACAGCUGUUUUUGUGCUUGCAACACUUCAGCAAAUCGAGCCAGUUGACGGUGAAGUAUCGGUUCUUGUUCAAUGUCACACAAGAGAACUCGCAUUUCAAAUUAAAAACGAAUAUAAACGAUUUAGCAAAUAUAUGCCGGAUGUUCGUACAUGUGUUUUCUAUGGUGGAACGCCUGUUCGUAAUGAUAUAGAACUUCUUAAAAAUAAAGAAAAAUGCCCUCAUAUUAUCGUCGCAACACCUGGUCGAUUAAAUGCUCUUGUCAGAGAUAAAGUUCUUCGAGUAGGAUCUGUAAAGCAUUUUAUUCUUGAUGAAUGCGACAAAAUGUUGGAAGCAAUAGAUAUGAGGCGCGAUAUUCAGGAAGUGUUCCGUACUACUCCUCACCAAAAGCAGGUUAUGAUGUUUAGUGCUACAUUGAACAACGAAAUACGGCCUAUCUGUAAAAAAUUUAUGCAGAAUCCUUUAGAGAUAUAUGUUGACGAUGAAACUAAGCUGACUUUACACGGUCUUCAACAACAUUACGUAAAACUUGAAGAAUGCGCAAAGAAUCGGAAAUUAAACGAUUUACUCGACACAUUAGAAUUUAAUCAAGUUGUUAUUUUUGUCAAAUCAAUUCAACGAGCUUCCGAAUUGGAUCGACUAUUACGGGAAUGUAAUUUCCCAAGUAUUUGUAUUCAUGGUGGUCUUCCUCAAGAAGAUCGCAUUACGAGAUACAAAUCAUUUAAAGAUUUUAACAAGAGAAUUUGUGUCGCUACUGAUGUUUUUGGACGUGGCAUAGAUAUCGAACGUGUAAACGUAGUAUUCAAUUAUGACACACCUGCAGAUGCAGAUACAUAUUUGCAUAGAGUUGGACGAGCUGGAAGAUUUGGUACUCGUGGUCUUAGUAUUACUUUUGUAAGUACUAGUGCGGAUGCCGAAAUUCUUGAUAAAAUCCAAGAAAGGUUUGAGGUAAAUAUCACAGAAUUACCAGAACAUAUCGAUGUUUCAUCAUACAUGAACUCAUGAUACUAUUAUGUUCUUGUGAUACUAGAAUUAUUAAAUAAUUAAACCAG